UGAGUGGUUGGGUUUGGGUGGAGUUCGGUGGAGUAAAGUUGGAUGUAGUAUACACAUUUUUUUCUCUCAAAUUAGCCAGGAUACGCUACAAUGUCAUAGCAGCAAGACCAUAGGAAUUCGGAAAGAAACCUGAUUUUAUCAUAGAACACGAGCAUAGAUAUAUCGAUAAUGGGUGAUGUAAGUGAAGAAUCGUUGUUGGAUUAUUUCUACUCAGCCGGAGGGAAAGUAAAAAAUUCAGAUUUAAUGAAAACAUACAAGCCUUUUAUUGGUCACAAGGACAUGGAGCUGCGUGCCAAAUACAGAGAGGAGUUCAAACAGACCAUCGACAGGAUUGCUGUUGUGAAAUCAGAGAAUGGUGAGAAGUACCUAGUUCUGAAGAAGAGAUACCGGCAGCAGAAGCAGGACAGUGAGACAGAGCCUGGGACAGACAGACAGGCCAGCCCUGCCAGGCCAUCGGCCUCAGCCCAGUGGGAUGGGUCAGGGGUCUCGUCUCUCUCCAGUGCCCAGAUGGAACCAGACCUCCAGCCUGAACCGGCCAGGGCAGAGGAGAGGAAGCCUUCCCAGGUGACGUGGUGUGGAAGAGGCCCCAGCAUUACUGUCACAGAGGCACCCGAGCAGGAGCACAUGCAAGAGGAUCAGCACACUGAGAGAAAACCCUCACCGUCUGUUUCGGAGGAACCCCUUGUGCACAGCAACGGGGAGAAUGAGCUAGACAGAGACUCAGGGUCAAAGUCAGAGUCCGAAGAGCAGGAAGAGGAGUGUACGGGCAGUAUGGGCUCCACCCCAGUGGCUCUGGACCCUGUGGAGAAGGAAUGGAUCUACUCUGCUGCGUGUGGCCGUCUCUCUGACCUCGCCCAGCUGCUACAACAGGAGCCCUCCCUGGCCAACAAGAAGGUCUGGGUUUCAUUUACAGCUCUACACUGGGCAGCCAAACAUGGCAAAGAGGACAUGGCUACCAUGAUGGCCAAUGCAGGGGCUGACAUCAACACUAAAUCUCAUGGGGGCUAUACACCCCUGCAUAUUGCAGCAUUGCAUGGCCAUCGAAACAUUUUGGAGCUGCUCAUUGGAAAAUAUGAUGCGAAGGAGAACCUCCGGGACUACAGUGGCCAUCUUGCAUGCCAGUACCUGAACACCAGGGAGCCUACAGAGGAUGACAGAGCAGCUCCAGAGGAGAUACAAUUCCCUGAGUUCCAUGUGGCCCAGGCCAGAGACCGCAGCAGGAACAGGAAGUUGACCUCGUUGUUCCAGUCCAAGAAGAAGUGGGGCUCAGCGGAGGAGCUAGCCCCUGUAGAGGAGGAAAAGGUGGCACUAGCACCCCAUCAACUCAUCGUCCCCGCAUUCAGACCCAGGAAAUUCUCACGCUGAGAAAGUAGGUAACCAAAUUCCCCAACAUGCAAUGAUGACAUAAGUACAUGUUCAGUCAGUGUAUGUUUAUUUGAAUUUGAAUGUAUGCUUUUAUGGUAUGUAUGCUUGUAUGUCUCGUGCCUUCGGAAAGUAUUCAGACCCCUUGACUUUUUCCACAUUUUGUUACAUUACAGCCUUAUUCUA